AUGGCAUGUGGGUCAGGGGAUCUUCAGGGCCUUCCCACAUCUCCAUUUUCUUCUGCCAGAUUACAGAAUCAGCUCUAUGUUGAAGGACCCUGGUUCCUGGCCUGCGGUCGCACCAAUGUAUCCUGCAGGAUGGUGAAGGGGAAGCUGGUGGAGGUAGGCAAAUGGCCGUGGCAGGUGAGCAUCCUGCUCCUGGGAGUGUACAUUUGCAGUGGCUCCCUCAUUCACCAACAGUGGGUCCUCACAGCUGCGCACUGCUUCCAGAGAUCUAAGGACCCCUUACAGUACUCCGUGAUGGUGGGAGUCCAGCACCUUCCAGAAAAUGGCACUCAGCUCCCGCUCACUCGCAUCGUGAUUAAUGAGGAUUACCACAAUGGCAUGUCCCAGGACAUUGCCCUCCUGAAGCUCAGAGACCCUGUCUUCUGGUCCCCCAUUGUCCAGCCCGUCUGCCUCCCCAGCAACAAAUUCAAGCCACAUAUCGGAAGCUCAUGCUGGGUGAUCGGGUGGGGAUUUACAGGAAAAAAAGUGACCCCAAAGCCCCCCUACAGUCUUCAGGAGAUGGCUGUCAGGAUCAUAAACAAUGACGUCUGCAAACAACGAUACCAAUUCCUCUUCUUGAAAGACCAGAAGAAGUUCAUUGGGGAUGAUGUGCUGUGUGCCAGCUCAGAAUGGGGCAUGGACACUUGUCAGGGUAACUCUGGCAGCUCCCUUGUUUGCCAAGAGAACAACACCUGGAUUCAGAUGGGUGUGGUCAGCUGGAGCUUUAGCUGUGGCCGGCGCCAUUUCCCAGGCAUCUACACCAGCACCUCCUACUUUACCCACUGGAUCAGGACUCAGAUUGCUGAUAUGAGGUUCCUCAGUAGGGCUAGCCCUGCUUUCUGGAGCCCAGUCUUCCUCACUGGCUACAUUCUGCUGGUCUCCUUGGGCUCCCUGUGGCUCCUAUAA